AUGGCGCCACAAAGGAUCAACUCGCCCCAACCUCGACUCUUCGAAAUAUUGUUCAAUACUACACAACAAAACUUUGUCUCCGUCAACUCCUCCCCCACCAACCUCGAGUCUACCGAAAAUUUGUUCAACAGUACACCACAAGACUUUGUCUCCAUAGUCAACCAAACCCUACAAGGAUACCUUGAUCAGAACCUCUCCAUACACAAACUCCGUCUCGACUUAUGCAGGCCCGUCUCACGACCGGUCAUCUUCCUUCUCGACAAAUGGAUCCCGAUAAUAACCGCCCUCAACAUAAAAGCGUUUGAAUUCAACUUUUAUUCAUCUACUCUGCCGUAUUAUGACCUGCCCUCGGCAGUGUUCUUAGCCGAGUCCCUCGAAGAAAUACACCUGUGCAAAUGCAGGCUGAGCCCGGUCGAGAGUGUGCGGUUUAAAAGUUUGCGCAAGCUCACCCUCAAACAGGUCCAAGUUGAUGGCGGGACUUUGGACACGAAAAUGUUGGGCUGCCCUUUGCUCAGGUGCCUUGUCCUUAAACGUUGUUGGAAGUUGAGAAACGUAAGGGUGAGCGAGGAGGCAUCGCCUGGGCUCAAGCACUUUGUAUUUUCCCAUAUUGCUCUCGAGAAGUGCGGUCAUGAGAAACUCAUCCGCACUCCUUUGUUUGAGUAUCACGUUUCUUGUGUAUUGUUGAACAAAUUUUCGGAAGAGUUGAGGUUGGGGAGCGUUGAUCCUAUGCAGCAGUUGACGGAUACUAACUCUUCUUCUGUGUCGUCGAACCAUUCUUCGAAAAAUUCGAGAUUAGGGCGGUUUAAUCCAAUGUGGUGCCAUUUUUUAGAGAGUAGAAAAGUUCUCACAGCUUCUUUCUGGGAGAUGAAACAUACAUGA